AUGGUAAUGAGGUUCAAAAUAUCGCAGACAAUCGACACUGAUCGCUCUAUUGUAAUAGCUGUGGACAAUGUUUUAGAACGAUUUAUUGCCAUAAAUGAUUCGGAACAUCUACUGAAUGAAGAGCAGAUCCUCCGAGUUGCGACCGACCAAUCUAAAGUGAAUCCUUCGCUUCAUCAUUAUACAGUUAAUGAUCGUGUUGGAGGAGAUAUGAAUGAAAAUAGCAAACUGUUCAAACAAGCUCAAAAUCGAGUCGAAAACGCAGCACGUAAUAAUUUCUGGAUUCAUCUAACAUGCGCCGGCCUUGGAAUUCUCCGAAAGCCAGACUUUGAUAUUGCAUUGAUUGACGAGGCAUCACAGAUAACCGAGCCGUGUGCUCUCAUACCCCUUGUAAAAGGAACAAAACGUGCUGUUAUUGUAGGAGAUCACGUACAGCUCCGCCCAACUGUCAAGGGCAUGGGGAAGCCGCUGCAAUACGACAUUUCGCUUUUGGAACGGUUGUAUACAAACAAGGAAGACACGCCCGAUGGGCUUUCAAAGACGAUGUUAGACGUCCAAUAUCGUUCACCAAGAAUUCUGAAUAUAUUCCCAUCCAACGAAUUCUACGAAGGCCAGCUAAAAACCCACGAAUCAAACGCCGAGGUCUCAACUUUCAUGUCCUUGUCUCAAUUCCCAUGGCCAACUGAAAACGGUACGAUCAUUCCGACCGUGUUUAUUCAAUGCUCAGAGCAAGAAGACGAGGAUGGUGGUCGUUCUAAGAGCAACAAGGGCCAAAUAGAAGUUAUCAGUCGUGUCCAUCCUCUCAUCACCUCUCAGCGACCAGACACCCCCAUUGAACCGAAAUUGGCGGAGCUAAAAAUUGCGGUACUCUCGCCAUACACGAAGCAAAUAGAUGCUCUGAAGAGAAAGCUCCCUUCAUCCAUUAGAUGUUCAACUAUUGACUCUUUCCAAGGACGCGAAAGCGACAUUGUCAUCUUCUCCACUGUCAGAUGCAAUGUGAGCGGAGAAGUUGGUUUUUUGGAUGAUCCCCGAAGGUUGAACGUCAUGUGGACUCGUGCUCGCCUGGCUUUGAUUAUAGUUGGAGACAGGGGCACGAUGAGUACCAACCAGCAAUGGAAGCGAGCUUUGGAUGCCUGCACCGAAGUAGUUUUGCCUACUGUCUCAAAUGCGUAG